GAUGUCGAGAUCAAAAUCACAGGAUGAAGAAUGGACCCCGUAUUUCAUCAAAUCUAUCCAAGUAGUUUUAUGGAUUCCAAUGACGAUGGAGUUGAUGAUCUACAAGGAAAAUAUAUAUACGGAAUAUCAUUGGCAAUAACAGAUUCGAAAAUGUUUCGUGCAGUUUGUUUUUGUUCCCUUUUACUCGCUACUGGUCUCGUCCAUGGCGAGAUCAAAAAUAAAGGAUGGUGGAAGAACGCCGUAUUCUAUCAAAUUUAUCCACGGAGUUUUAUGGAUUCGAAUGACGAUGGAGUCGGUGAUCUAAAAGGUAUUACAUCGAAAUUGGAACAUUUCGUUGACGCUGGAGUUCAAGGAAUAUGGCUUUCACCUAUUUAUGCGAGUCCAAUGGUUGAUUUUGGUUACGAUAUAUCAGAUUUCAAAGCUAUACACCCAGAGUUUGGUACGAUGGAGGAUUUCGAAGCAUUGGUAGAAAAAUCGAAACGACUUGGAAUAAAAGUAAUUCUCGAUCUCGUACCAAAUCAUACAUCUGAUAAGCACGAGUGGUUCCAAAAGUACCUUGCUGGGGAGAAAAAAUAUAAAGAUUAUUAUAUUUGGAGAAAAGGACGAAAGGAUGAUGGAGUUACACCACCAAACAAUUGGAUAAGCGUGUUCAGUGGUCCUGCGUGGACUUACAAUGCAACUUUGAAGGAAUGGUAUUUCCAUCAAUUCGAGUACAGACAACCUGACUUAAAUUACAGUAAUAAAGAAGUGCAAGCAGAGAUGGAAGAUGUCAUUCGAUUUUGGUUACGUAAAGGCGUAGAUGGUUUUCGAAUAGAUGCCGUUCCUCAUCUUUUCGAAAGCGAUGAUCUCCGUGAUGAACCCAGAAGUUCGGAUCCAAAUGCUACCGAUCGUGAUUACACUUAUUUGGAUCACAUUUAUACCAAAGACGAUCCACGAACCUAUGAACUUGUAAAAAGCUGGAGAAAGAUUCUUGAUGAUCAUUCCGAUGCCAAUAACGAGGAUGAGAAGGUGAUGAUGACCGAAGCUUAUACUUCUCUAGAAAAUACUACGAAAUAUUAUCAGUAUGGUGCUCACAUACCAUUUAAUUUCAAAUUGAUCACCGAUGUUAAUCAUAAUUCGAGCGCAUCCGAUUUUAAGAGGAUCAUUGAGGCAUGGAUAGCUAAAACUCCAAAGAAUGGAAGUGCUAAUUGGGUGUUGGGAAAUCACGAUCGUAGUCGUACCGCGUCACGUUAUCCAAAAAGGGAAUUUCAAAUGACUAUGCUGCCAAUGAUUUUGCCUGGUGUUGCCGUGACUUAUUACGGAGAAGAAAUUGGAAUGGUUGAUAAGAGUGAUAUUUCGUGGGAAGACACACAAGAUCCGCAAGCUUGUAACGCCGGGAAGGAUAAAUAUCGAAGUCGAUCUCGCGAUCCGAAUCGCACACCUUUCCAAUGGAGCUAUGUUAGAAAUGCAGGAUUUAGCAACGGUAAUCAAACGUGGCUUCCGGUUCAUGAAAAUUAUAAAGUAUUGAAUUUGUUAGAUCAAACUAAUUCUUCACAACAAACAGUUUAUAAAAUGUAUCGAUCUUUAAUUCGAUUACGGAAAACAUCGCGUGCUCUUCAACAAGGUGAUUUGAAAAUGAAGGUGUUGAAAUUCUACACGGAUUAUUGUUACAACUGCGAAUUAUUAGUUAUCAAUCGAGAAAUACCUGGAGAGACAGUGUCUCUCCUAAUGAGUUUUUCUACAGCUAUACAACUUCCCGUAAAUUUGAAAGAUGUUAUGAUUCUUUAUAAUAAUACAUUCAUUGAAGUUGAUGCCUAUUUUACGAAGAGAUAUAAAUUUGAUUCCAACGUUAUAUAUAUUAAUCCUUGGGCUGGAUAUGUCAUAUCGUCUAGUAAUUAGAUUUUAUGUUGUCAAAUAGUAAUAGGAUUUGAAGAUAUGUGCGAUAAUUUUGCAUAAAUAUGGAUCAUUCCAAUGACUUAGUCUUUCAUAAUAUUGUUUUUACCUAGACUAAAAAAAAAUUUAUCUAUUUAAGUGUAACACUUUUAGGAUAGAAAUUUGAUCUCUAAAGAAAAUUUUAUAAUUUUUAUUUACACAUUUUUUAUCCGUUGUUCUGACAUAAUGAAUAUAUUCCAAGUCCUAUUUUUUUAAUAUAUUAUUGAAUCAAUAUUUUUAUUGUUUGGUCCUUAUUGAUAAAAUCUUUUGCAAUAUAUACUAUUUCUUUUGCUCGUAAAGAAGAAUAAAAUUAAAGAAUUGGAAUGAAAUAAAUGUACAAGGUUUCUUCUUUUUAAUAUAAAAAUAAAUCUUCAGUCUAUUUCUAUUUAAAGUUCAUCGUCUACAGAAAUAUUUCAGUAUAGUCUUCGGUAUAGAAGAAAUAUGUAGAAUUGGUUAUAUAUAGAAUAUUUUAUCAUAUUAUCCUUAAUAUUUGUUAAAAACUUUGUUAAAAACUAAGUAAACUAAUUAAUACAACUACAUUCUUAGUUUUAAAUAAUUGUAAUAAACAUGAUUAAUAUUAUUGUAUUAUAAAAAUUUUCUGUUAUCUUUGGUAA